UUUGCCGUUUUGACCCAUGUAACAUCAGAUAUGCUCACUUUUGUCAAUAUCGGCUAAACACAAACACAUUGUUUUUUGUAGAGUUAAUUGAAGCAAGUGCUGACACACGUUACCUUUUUUAUGCGAUUCUAAAAUUCCUUAUGGGAUAAAUGAGCCGCUAGAUUUUAUGAUUCAUUAUGAUUUGUUGACUAUUUCUGUCAGUAGUGAAACGUGUAGAUUCUUUAGAAUUUUCUCUAAAUAUAAAUACAAUAACUAGAUUUGAGCCAGUGACUCAGGCUGGGUAUAAAAGCACGUUGUGAAAACUGUUGAUAUAAUUUUUUUUGAUUGAUUAAUGUAGUUGAAACUUUUAUUGCUAUAACCACGCAAAAGUUACAUACUAACUCGUUUAAUUUCUGUGAAACAUUUUCUAUGUCCAAGUGCCAUUGAUUUGGACACACAAUUAUGGCUCAGCACUAUGCUUAUUAAUGUAGAGUUUAUUAAUUUCGAGUUUUUUCAUGCAUGGAUUUACCAAGCUAACAUCGCCAUGACAUUGCCUACAGCUGUGAUUGGCUAGGAGCACUUUCUGCCUGUCAUACUAUAUUUUCUUUGUUCUAGGGUCCCAGGGUUUGAACCCAUGCACACGUUUGUACAACUAUAUGUAAGGGAUGACAAUGAGGAGGUGGGCAACAACUGGCCUGGCAGUGCUGGCUCUUGCCUUGUGCUGGCCCUACUCUAGUGGGGACACUGGCCCAGACUGUGGGAGGGAGUUUCUGUCCACUGUUGACGCAAAGAUGGCGGAACAAACCCAACGGCAGCACCUUGAAGCCCUGUUUGACAGGUAUGGAGAGAAUGGCACCAUUUCGCUGGCAGGCCUGAAGCGACUGUUGGAAAGCGUUGGACUCGACCGAAUACGGAAAGUCAUGGUGCAACACCACGAACAACCGGGGGAAGGCGGAAAGGAGGGACACAGGCACGGACAUCACCAUAACAAUCACCGACACGAAGGCGACCAUAACGGAACGCAUCACCAAAAACACUCACAUUCCCACCCCAUAGAGCCCAAGAAGAUUUCUGAGUCUGCCAAGGUGCCCGAGGUCGAGGAACCCAUCGUAGGAAAGAAAGUGGAGAAUUUGGACGCCCACCAUAACCUCUACGUGAAGAAAACCACCACCUCGGUGCAUGCGAUGACUACCACCCCUAUGUACACCACCCAUGUCCUGGUGAAGUCUGGGGCAGGGCGUAGUCGGAGGGAUACGGACUCAGCCCCCACUGCAGGUCUGGCCCCUGAUAAACAGGAGAACUCUUUAGUCACUAAGAACCAAACCCAGCUACCCAUGGUCAGGCAGGAGGGUUCGGAUGACGACCACUUAGACGACCAUGGUCAUGAGGACCACAGGCAUCUUCAGGAAAGCCUCCACAACCACAGCCAAGACCACAUGCAGGAGAAAACCGAGUGUUUGAAUGCCUCCAGCAUCCUUUCAACCCAUGGGAUGGCCAAGGGGACCCUCUCGCUCAGUGACUUCAGCUACCUCUGUCCUGCACUCCUCAACCAAAUUGAUGCCAAGUCCUGCAUACGGCACAGCAACCAACUCCAGAAUGUUGAACAAGAUCAUAAGCUUCACAACCACAAUCACCAUGAUCAUCACAACCACGAUCACCACGACCACCACAGCCAUGGUCACGCUCACGAGGAUCUGUCCGUCAACGAAAACAAGAAAGGAGGCUCAAUUCAAGCAGCGUGGGCCGGCGGAAUCAUCUCCAUCACGAUCAUCAGCCUGCUGUCCCUGGCAGGCGUGGUUCUGAUCCCGUUGAUGAACCGCGUCUUCUUUAAGUUCCUGCUCAGCUUCCUGGUGGCUCUGGCUGUGGGCACGCUGAGCGGAGAUGCUUUCCUGCACCUCAUACCACACUCUCAAGGAGGCCACACACACCACCACCAGCACUAUGGAAAUCAGACCCCUGAGUUCGGUCUCCACGGUGACCAGGAGGAGGAGCACGACCUGGACGGGGUGUGGAAGGGGCUGACAGCGCUGGGCGGAGUCUACUUCAUGUUCCUCAUAGAGCACUUCCUCACGCUGGGCAAAAUGUACAAGGACAAGAAACAGAAGGUGAAGAAAUAUGACCAGAGUGAUGAUAAGUUGGAUCCUGAGAAACUAUCGGCACUGGAGGACAACGACCUAAAACCCAUUGAAGGGACAAUGCACGUCCAUCAGCAUUUCUGUAAUGCGUGUGCCAGAUUUAGCCAGAAGGUAAACUUUUACCCAUACCGCGUACACCACGUGUCAUUGAACCAGAAGCAACAUGAAGAUAUCAAAGACGUGGAGACAAACGGCGCCGGUGAAUUUGGUGACCACCGUUGCGACGGCCUCCACCGGGGGAGCGUGGCCGAGGAGGAGGAGGUGAUGCUGGCCCCCGCCGCCUUGCCCGAGGGCUACGCGUCGGCGUCGGACCUGGCGGUGGUCGCUGCGGCCUACACCGCGGGGGAGUGCGAGAACAAGUGCCACUCACACUUCCACGACACGGUGGGCGAGGCGGACAACCUGCACCACCAUCACCACGAGUACCACCACAUCCUGCACCACCACCACUCGCAGAACCACCACCCGCACAGCCACUCGCACUCGUACUCGGAGCAGCACUUCCAGGAGGCGGGCGUGGCCACGCUGGCCUGGAUGGUCAUCAUGGGUGAUGGGCUCCACAACUUCAGUGACGGCCUGGCCAUCGGUGCAGCUUUUACUGAAGGUCUGUCCAGUGGCCUGAGCACUUCAGUGGCUGUUUUCUGCCAUGAACUGCCUCAUGAACUGGGUGACUUUGCGGUGCUGCUGAAGGCCGGCAUGACGGUGCGCCAGGCCAUCCUCUACAACGUGCUGUCGGCCAUGAUGGCAUACCUGGGCAUGAUCACUGGCAUCCUCAUCGGCCACUACGCCGACAACAUCUGCAUGUGGAUCUUCGCCCUCACGGCCGGGCUCUUCAUGUAUGUGGCCCUGGUGGACAUGGUUCCAGAGAUGCUCCACAACGAUGCCGGGGACCACGGCUUCAGCCACUGCGGCUUCUUCCUGCUCCAGAACGCAGGCAUCCUGUUGGGUUUCUGCAUCAUGCUGCUCAUUGCCGUCUUCGAACACAAAAUCCAGCUGAAAAUCAACCUCUGAGCUGAGGGCUCUCUGACCUGAUCUCUAAGUACCCCUGUAUUUUACGGUUUUAAUCCAAACUGGACUAUAAGCUGGGAGACGGAAUAGACGCGUCUGACACGGUUCGUUGGUUAGGACGUAAUGUAGCCUUACGUUUGAAAUAAGACCACAUGCACAGGGUUCCUUGGAAGAACAGCGGUAUUGUGAAACACUUCUCAAACUGACAGGACCAAUCGCUGUGUGUGUUUGGCUGCCAAGUGGCCGAAUCACAAGAUACAGAUACAGUACAGUCCUUCCCUCUCAUCUCUCCUCCUCCAUGAAGUGCACAAGAAAUCUGAUAGGUAUUAGUGUGAAUUUACUUUGGUCAGGUGAACUGUUACAAAAUGUCGAAAGGCAUGUUUGGGUUUACGUCAAAACUUUGGUCAUUCAUAGUUGUCAGUCUUUCCUCUGUUUUAAGGUCACGAUUUGCAUUGGUUUUUUUGUGCGUCAGAGAACAAGUUGUAAGACCAAUCUUUUCAUUUAAAAUGUUUUACCAAGCUGUUAGGGCACAUAGAUGAGACAAGGGAUAGGAUAGGGACGUUAGUCAUGGCCAAUUUUGGACACUGUACCAGAGAUACAGAUUCAGAUUCAUAUAUGGGUUGUUUACUCAGGCCGUUAUUUGUCAAAGGAAAUUGGUCAACAGGGAGUCUAAAUGGCUCCCCUAUAGACACGACUGUGGUAAUUGCUGGCUCUGGUCUUCUGAAUUCAGUGACUUCUUGAGGAACUGCUCUGUCUCAUUUGCUGUUCCCACUCUGACCGGGUAACAGUGCUCCUAGUAUGCAAUCACUGCCCAAACGAAACCAAUCAAGCUGUUUUAAUGGGAGUUAAUGUAACUGGAAUUGUGCCCAUAGUGUUAUACUGGUUGGAGCAAAAAACACUGAGUGUUUGAAGUUGGUUAUGUUUUCCUCACAGAGGACACUUGUACCGAAAGUAUGUUGAAAAAAAGACUGCGUGCUGCUGCAAGAUAUUGUGUUUGACACUGUUACACAUUUCCUCCCCAUGACAGUAGUCCGUAAGAGACAUUUGUCAUCUUUUAUUAUUUGAUCAUUUUAGCCAGGAUUAGCAAUAUUUCCUGUCAUGGGGCUGGAUAGAAAUUCUGAAAAAUUGCGAUUUGGUGGCCUUUUUCCAUAUUUGACACUAGCUACCUGGAGUUUUUUUAUGCCCAAGUGGAAAUGAGUGUAUAGUCUCUGGAUCAUAAUUGUGGUAACUACUUUCAGAAAGAUUUGAUGAAUGUUCAGAAUGAAGUCACUCCAAAUGGUAUUAGGUAUUAAGUAUUGUGCCAUCAUCUUGCUGUGUUAAAAGGAUGUCUAUGAAGAGGUACAUCAUGAAGGGAACCAUUUUGUGUGCCAUUAUUUGACUGUUGUGUACAUCAGGCAGCUUUGGAUGUAAUAUGUGUUACUUUACAUUCCAGAAGAAAAUAAAGGUUGUUGCCACCC